AUGGACGGCAGCGAAAUGGGGCUGUUUGGUACGCUGCGGCUGAUGAAACGGACUACCGAUGAACAGGUAGCAGCAUUCCCGAUUGACGAGGAGGCAGUUACCUUUGGACGCGACCCGACGUGCAGUGUGCGUCUCUAUUACCCAGAGAUCAGUGCUCUGCAUGCAAAAAUUGUAUUUCAGGAGAGAAAGGCUUUUCUCGUCGUUCUUGGCGACGCAGGCCUCACCAUCGACGGCUGCCCCGUGCUCCCAUCCACCAACGCCUCACUUCCCACAACAAUUCCCGUCUCUAACAACUGCGAAAUCGAGAUACACAAGAAACGUUUCAUAUUCUCUUAUCCGCCCAAGCAGCUACGUUCUCCGCUAUACAACAUCGAUUCACCAGUCAAGCCUGAAAGUGGUGGCGGCGGACGGAGAAAAUUACGAAUGAGCAUGAUUCACAGCGCUCAAGUAUUCACCCCUCGUGGAAAACCCUCUUCAGAUCCACUUGCAAACCUCCGAAUUCUCCAGAGCCCACUCAAACAACUUGUGCCCUCCCCGCGCAAGCCCUCUGCGCUAAAGAACUCCCACAUCCCAGAACCAGAGGAAAUAGAAGAGGAAAUCGUGCUUGUGGAGUCUAAUACCCCACAUGUCGUACAGGAGGAUAGGGAUCUUGUUAUCCUCGAGCAUGUCGAUGUCCAAGCCCUUCCGCCCACCCCAUCUGUGCAAAGGCCAAGACCAAGUAUGAACAUGUACAAGACUCCGAACAAGCGUACUCGUUCCUCGUUGCAUCGUGCUGUACUUAUUCGCAGUGUACAUCGUGCCGUCAUGGCACGUGAAGAAGAGGAUGAAGAGAAAGAAGUCGAAGAGGUGAUUAAUGGUAACGACGAAGAAUUGAAUGACAAGCACGAAGGAAGUGCAGGGAUCGAGCAUGAGGAAUCUGACGAAGAUGGAAGUGGCGCAGACUCAGACACCGCUGAGGAACCUACUCCUCAACCAAGCACAUGGCGCCAAUCUCUCAAUGCCGUGCGUGCACGCGUUGUAUGGCCUUUCCGCUCGAGUUCCACUGCGCCCGAAGAAAACGAUGAUGACGAUGACGAGCAAGAUGAGGAUGAGGACGAGGAUGCACAGCCCCCGCCCCCAUCCUCCUCCCCACCUCCUACUUACAUGGCACCCCAAGCCCAACCACACCUUACACCUGCAAGAGCCGCACGACCUCUGGGCUCAUUUAUGACGCCCCAAGUAUCGCACCUACAAUCAGGCAUCAACACUGGAAUUGGCCGCGGUGCGGGACGCAACUCUUUUGGUGGAGCGUUGCGCAGAGUACGCGUCGAGCCGAAGUGGCGCAUUGGAGAUAUUGAGGUGCGAGGUGUGGAGGAGGUGAAGGAAGAGGAGAAGGAAGGGACAGGAUUUGGGAGGACGCGGGUGAGUGAGGAGGAGAGGAAGGUGAGUACAUGCGUUUGCUUUUACUUUUCUAGAAGUUGGGAAAUGGCACGGAGGGCGCAGUUUGAGUUUCAUUUGGAGUGGCCCCUCUAUGAGCUCGGAUUGUUGUGA